CCUUCACCAGCAACUCGAGGUUGCUCUCCAACGCGAAAAGGAUAUGGAACUCGAAAACCAACAGUUGGCCAAGACAAUUAAACAAAAUGAUAUCCAGAUGGGAUCACUGUUGGCGGAACUGGAAGAGGCAGAGAAAGAGAUCGGCCUUUGCUUUCACAUCAUAGAGGAACAAGAGAAGAAUGUGAAAGAUUACUUUGAAGGAGAGAUCAAGCAGAAGAAUGAUGUGAUAGAAAGCCUUCACCAGCAACUCGAGGUUGCUCUCCAACGCGAAAAGGAUAUGGAAAGCAUUCUAAUAGAAGCAAAAGGAAAUGAAAGAAAAGCAAGCCUUAUCAAGGAACAACUGGAGAAUAGAAACAGUCAAGUAAAAGAGUUGUUACUUGAAGUAGAGAGACUGAAGGGUGAAAAUGAAGCAUUGGAACAAAAAUGGGCAAAUGCACUGAGAGAAGCAGGGUUAGAACAACAACUACUAAGGCAAAGGGCAGAAGAACAUGUAGAAAUAAGUUUCUACUGGCAGCAGAAGUUUGAGGAAGCUAACAAAGAGGUGGAGUUGUCAAAGCAUCGUGAAGAGGACCUUCGAGGAAAACUGAAGGAUUGUGAAAAGGAAGUGGAAAUGGCAGUCAACAGCAUAAGGGAGAUGAAAAGUAAUGUCAAGCUUGCUGAAGAUCAGCUAAAGGAGAAUCAUCUGUUUAUCAAGGAGAAGGAGGAAGAGCAUAAUGAAAUGAGGAUGCAGUAUCAAGAGGACCUGAAGAAAAAGGACGACGAAAUAGAGAGACUGCUAGAAUUGGUGAGGAAUCUGCUUCAAGAGCAGGAACGUGCCCGAGAACAGCAAAGGAUAAAAGAACAGGCGUUGAGGAAUGAAGAUAAAUAUUUGCUGAAUGCACUUCUGCAUGGAAUUGCUGAGAGGAAUUUCCAUCUCGAACACAUUGCACUCGAGUAUGGAAAUGAAAAUCAGCAAAACAUUACUGAAGAAAAGCAGGGUAAAGAGAGAGACGACGACAUGUUUGGUUACAUGCAGAAAAGAAAACAGGAACAAUAUGACAGGGCCCAACAAGAGAGAAACAAUUACAUGAAGCAGUGGGGUGAUUUAACCCAGAUGUUGGAAGCUUUAAUGUGUGGAGAUGAAAUUCUGCCAGAACUGGAGAAUGAAAUUGUCGGUCAGAACUCUGAAAUUGAGACCCACAGAUGUGGAGUUGUGUUUCUCAACACGAAUAAUGAAACUCCUGAUCAAGGCCAUGAUGACAGACCCACAAGGAAUGAGAUUCAGAUUUUGCAGAAAGAAUAUGAUGAAGUAUCCAGACAGCUGAAAGAGGCGAAAGAUAGGUUUGAAAAGGCAGAAGAGAAGGCACAGGAGCUACAGGGCAAGCUCAAAGAGGCAGAAUAUAAGCUGACUCAAAUAGAAACUCUUGAUCAUCGAGCAGUGUUUAAAUCUGAAGCUGACCGAUGUAUUGAUGAUCAAGAUUUCGAUUCUGCUCUUGCCCUCUUGAGAAUGAUUGUAAAACGGUUUGGCAACGAGUUAGAGUGUCGGGUCAAGGAGUUAAGAUGCUUGUUGACACUAGCCAGGACAGACGAGGCCCAGGAUGUGCUAAAUGAUCUUCCCAAAGAAUUUAAGGAGUCUAUUAUUAUCAAAAUAGAGUCAGCUUUGCUCAGUGCAUGCAAUUUGGAGUUCUGGGAGUCCAGAAACCUUUUGUCACAAGUGCUAGAUAUAUGUCCAAAUCACCCUAGGGCAUUAAUAGCACAAAAAUUUGUAGAGCAGAGGAUGCUAUGGGAAGCUCUUCCUGGGAUGAUUGAUGCCAAGGACUAUGACACUGCACUGGAAAAUAUUGCUGUGGCCAUGUCUCUUGGAUGUCUCUAUCCUUGGGUAUCUGUCGACUUGGCCAGAAUUAAAGGAAACAUUUUGUGCAGUCUUGGAAAGUUGCAAGAGGCAUGUGAAUGUUUCCUCAGUGUUCUUGCUGUGGAUGAGGACCAGGAGGACUGCAGGUUACGACUAGGCUUGUGCUUCUUAUUACUAGGAAGACACACACAUGCUAUUAACGAGUUUACAAGAUUAGAAGAUGAGGAUGAAAAGGGAGAAUACUUGGUAUCACUGGCUGAAGACCUGGAGAAAAUGCAACAAUAUGGUUGCCCCUAUAAAGUCCUAGAUGUUGAAACAGAUAUUGCUCAGGAUGAAAUAAGAAUUGCCUACAGGAGGAGUGCCCUAAAAUGCCACCCAGAUAAGAGCAAAGAGGCUGACAAAGACAAAGCACAUUUACUCAUGCUUCAAGUCAAUUAUGCAAAUGAUUUAUUAAGUAAUGUCAAGGAGAGGAAAAAAUAUGAUAACACCAGGCAAGCUGUUGAAGAGUAUGCCGCUGAAGUAUUUAAAAAUCCUAACCUUCCAGAAUGGUUAGAUGAUGAUGAGGAAGAUGAAUCAGAAAGUGAUUGUGACUUUAAAUAUAAUUCUGAUUCUGAUGACGAAUCUGAUUAUGGUGACGAAUCUGAUUCGGAUGACGAAUCUGAAUCUGAUUCAGAGGAUGAUUCUGAUGACGAAUCUGAAUCUGAUUCAGAAAGUGAUUCUGAUAUUGAAGGGAAUUUUGCAUUAAUGGAAUGUUCCCAUUGUGAUUAUCUAGAUAAUGAAUCAAGUGUUGGCCAACUGGAGGAGGAGGAUGACGAUUCAUAUGAAGAAUUGGAGGAUGAGGAUGAAGAUGAUGCAUGGGAAGAUAUUCCUAAUGAGGAAUAUCUUGAAGAAUCAGACGAGGAAGGUGAUGAACUUGACGCUGAUGAUGAAGAUGAUGAUGAUGCAUGGGAAGAUAUUCCUAGCGAGGAGUGUCUUGAAGAAUCUUCUGAGGGAGGUGAUGAAACUGACGAAGAAUCACAAGAUGAAUGUGAUAGCAAUGCAUUUGAGGAAUCUGAUGAUGACUCUAAUGAUGAAUAAUGAAGGAGUCUAAUGAGAUUGCUCAGAUGAGGAUUCCCCAAGAAAAUCUGAGCUUGGGAGGUGAUCCCCCAGAACUAAGAACUGGGGAGGUGACGAUUACUCCCCACACCUCUAGGUAGCCCUGCACAUCAGGAGAGAGAAGCCCAGUCUAAAUGCUUUGCAGGAAACUGUCUUCCUCCAGAUGUCGGUAUGGAUGGCCCUGCCCACCAGCAUCCCUGGCGAGUGAACUGAUCGGGAUCUUCCAUCCACUGGUGGUGGUCUUCCUAUCACCACUGCCUCCACCGCUCCCCCCAAUCUCC